AAAAAGUUUUUCGCCCUGUUCGAAGUCGCUUAAUCACUAAAAAAGAAAAAUCGUUGUUCGGAAAAACUUACUAUUGUCGGGAACUACAAGACCAAAAAAUUACUAGUCCGUUCACAGGUGUUGUUACUAGAAUCUAUCCUAAUCACAGUUUACAUAUCACUAGUAAAGGCGGAGCACAAAUAAUUCUUGCGUUGCAACUCCCAAAAUCUAACUACCAAUUGGAGGAAAAAUUGUUCCAAAGGGAGGUUGUGGCGGGACAAAAAGUAAAUCUUGAUACCGUGCUUUUCUCUCUUCAUCAACCGGAAAAAAUUGCCAGUUUGAGCAUUUAUAUUCUCUGGCAACCCGAAAUCUUAAAAAAGAUUGAGGUUAACAAAAAUCGCAAUCUUACCUCUUGGUUAAAACUUCAUUAUCUUCAACCGUCUUUCAGUAGUCCAAUGCCCGGACAAUGGCAAAACCCAGGAGGUAAAGUGGAGAAAGGAGAAAAUCAUGCCGAAGCCUUAAAAAGAGAAGUUAAGGAAGAAACUGGUUUGGAAGUUAAACAGGUAGGUGAUUUAGUAUUUAGGUUUAUUGAUAAGGAAAGCAAGUUUGACAUUUAUUUUUAUGAAGUGAAGGUGGUGGUUUAUUUAACUUUGGAAGAAUUAGAAAAAAAAGAAGUGGUGUUAGGUUUGGUGGAAGCAAUCGGAAAUUGA